AAGGAUUUGAAGGGUCGACCCUUGAUUCGAUCAUCGAGUUUUCGGCGGUUGCAGUAUACGUAGAUUGCAAAUGGCUACCAGUGCAUUUCGCGGCGCACAAAUCCCGAUGACAACAAAUGUAGUGUUUCGUGAGUAAAGUGUGGCAAUUAAUCAUGAUUUUAGUGUAUUAGUGAGUAUCUAAAGGCGCUCGAGUGGUCGGCUAGUUCCUCAAGUGAUCGGUUGAAAAUUAUAAAUAUCUAGUGACCGUUUAGGAGGAUUGACGAUCGUUUAGGAAGAUGUCCGGGUAUCGGAGAGUGAAUUAUUAUGAGCUAUGCAGACUUUGUACAAGUAGUGAGGGAAAUAAGAUGAACAUUUUUCGAGACGAAGGACGAAGGAGACAGUUACAAAACAAGAUUCAGAUAUGUCUCCCUGUUCAGGUCCUCGAAGAUGAUUCUCUGCCAAAAAUAGUUUGCCACGAAUGUGUAAGAAAGUUGGAAAACUUUUUUGAGUUUCGAGAGACUGCAGUGAGUGCGGAAGGAAUGCUAGAAUCUUAUUUCACUUCACUUCGAUUUUCGGAAGACUUUCUAAAGGAGGGCAAAGUAUAUGUAAAAACUGAAGAAAAGAAGAGAUCACCGACACCUGAGGAAGAACAGGCCAAAUUUGAUAAAACCGCUUCCCCACCAAAUACCCAAAUUGUAGUAGCUGAUGAACCAGUGCAGCAUCAGCAGCCUGUUGUUGUCAGCAAUGUUAAUGCCUCAAAUAUCCAUAUCAUCAGUGGAGUUCAGGCACGAGUUCAACAGUAUAAAUGUGCAAUGCAGCCUGGCGGAGUGGCAGCUGCAGUGGUUGAGGCAACAGCGGAGACACAUUACAGUUAUCAGCAACAAACUUCUCAACAAGUGGCUUCUCAACAGCAACAAUCAAACCAGAGCCAAGUCCAAGCGCAAGCUCAAGUCAAUCAACAAUCAAAUCAAAACCAUCAAACGCAGAAUCAGAUUCAACAGGCACAAAAUCAAAUACAAAACCAGAAUCAGAUAAAUCAGCAAGCGCAAGUUCAAAUAAAUCAUCAGAAUCAAAGACAAAUGAGCCAGCAGAAUCAGUCGCAAAUAGUACAACCAAAUCAGACACAAAUAUCUCAACAACAAAAUCAAACACAAAUUUCACAGCAGCAAAGUCACUCUCAGAUAAAUCAACAAAUACAACAGCUGCAGAGACAGCAAAGAGAGUUCGAAAAACAACAGAGACAUUUACAACAGAUUGAAAAGCAGCAGGUUCAAAUUGCGCAACAGCAAGAACAGCAGCAAACACAAAUUGCUCAAAAUCAGCAUCAAAACAAUAAUAUAAUUUUGAAAAAUGAGUCGACCCCUGAACAGAAUCAACAAGUCAUUCAGAAGGUUCAAUCCGAAUCACAAGAUAACGAUACUUCAAAUCAAAAUGUCCAAACAUAUACCACCGUGCAGGCAACUCCGGAAAUUUUUCUAGGCUUAGGCUUUAAAGAAGCUCCAUUAGCUGCUCAGGUUGCACGUGAUGAUUCUAAAGAUUUCAAAGACUUUAUCAAAGUAACCUCAGACGACGCUAUAUCCAGGAAUUCCAUUGGGCAAAUUUCGGAAUUCCUAAGAAUAAGAACAGUUCCUGAGCCGGCGUCAUUGAUCGCUGUCAAUCCUCAGGCUGUCUCCCAAUCUUCGCGAAAUCCAAGCUGUAGAGAUUGUGGUAAAACUUUUACUACUUUAAAUCAAUUAAAUAACCACAGUUGUAGUAGCUCCUCUUUAUUAAACGAUGUUAAGGAUAUUAAGGAAGAAAUUGCCCAAACGAAUGGUAGCCAAUUUAGCUGUGACGUUUGCGGCAAGCCGUUCAAACGGAAAGAACAUUUAUUCCAACACAGAAAAUUACACACUGGUGAACGACCUUACACUUGUACUGCUUGCGGGAAGGCUUUUAGUCGAAAGGAACAUCUGGUUAGGCACUCAGUUUCUCAUACAGGCCAGAAAAUGCACGAAUGUGAAAUGUGUGGGAAGAGUUUUUCACGCAAAGACAAUUUGCACAAGCAUAGAAAAACUCAUGGUGUUUCUGGACCAUAUAUCUGUGAUACUUGUGGGAAGUCUUUUGUCGUCAAACAUUAUUAUCUAAUGCAUUUAACCACCCAUGCCCCGACAAUUGAUGGACUCGGCUGCCAGGAUCCAUUGCCUUACAAGUGUGAUCAGUGCCAUAAAGCGUUUUCAGUUAAGCAAUAUUUAACCACCCACAAAUUGAGGCAUAGAUAUAAGAACAAUGCUAAUACGAAUAAUUCGUCCAACGCUAGCGUUCAACAACAGUCUAACACUUCCACAAAUAAUGUCUCCAGUUCGAGUAAUCUUAAUAAUGGAAACGGCCAAACUUCUAACAACACGUCUGUUGUGCAAAUACAGAGUGUAAUCGAGGGAAAUGAACAAAAUGGUCCAUUCAAUGGGAAUCAGUAUCACGGAAACUUACAACACUUCCAAUGAGAUAAGGGGAAACGUGUCUAUUAUGUGCUUUUGCCAAAUGGAAACAAUCAUAAAAUUGUUGUCGUUUAGGUAAGAGAAACAUCCAGGCGCGUCUCUGAUUCUUGACCACCCUGUUUUAUGAAAAUUUAUACAUUUAUAAUAGGUAUUCAUUUAGCAGCUCUCUUUUGUUCGCCCCAAUUUAACUUAUCUAUAAUUGUAGUAGAGUGUGUAUAGAAAUAUUGUCUCAUACGAGCCUCACAACGUUGAUCGUUUGGCCUAUCGGGCCAAAUGGUCAUUUGCAUCAAAUCAAUUGGAGCCAAAGUUGUCAUAUCGGCUGGUGGAAAGCAGAUUAAACCAAGCCGCCGGAAAAUAAAAUGAGGUUUGCUAAUUACAUUCAGUCCACAAUGAAUUUGUGGUUCUAGUUUUAUUUUUUGAAUAAUCUCUUAUCUUACUUUUUAAUUUCAUAUAUUCCACGAAACCAAACAUACGAAAGACUUAUUUCUUGAUAAUUCAUUUAUCGUCUGAUGAUUUAUCCAUAAAUUGGUUUUCCAAGUAGAAACGUGUGUAACAUAGCAUUGUAAAUCGAGUGUAGAAAGAUUUGUAUAUAUUUUAUCAGAAAAGUAUUAUCUGUUGUAGAUUUAAUUUCAAUGUUAGAAGAGUACAGGGAAUUUAAAUGAUAUGGCUAAAAAAAAAAACAUCUUUAAAAUUACGAUUAACGUUGAUAAUAUUUUUACAUAUAUUUGGCUUCCAAAGAUUCGCUUUCUACAGAAAAAUUGUGUGUACAUAUAGUGAGAAACAUGAAAAUAUCAAAAUUGAGAACAUGGAGGUAUUUUAUGCGGAUAAGUGGGUUGACAACUUUUUAACACUCUAAAAUUUUCGUAGUAUGCUUAUACAACGAUAUCCAUAUUUGAUCGUGAGAUAUGAAAAUGUAAUUCUCUUAAUUUUUCUAGCUCUUUCGUUCUGUAGCUCAGAGUGUUCAUAUUGCCUGAAAAAGAAAAUAUAUAAAUGCCCUGAAUAAUUCAAUCAAAAUUCAAUAAACUGUAAUUUACAGUUUGAAAGAUCAUUUUAAUAUCGGCGAAUACAGAAUCAUAGAAUUAGCAACUAUAGAUUUAUACUAUUACGAUUAUUAUUACUAUAUAAUACUAUCACUAUUACUAUUACCUAUUUUUAGGUAUAAAUAUUAACGCGUACAUAUUUUAAGACCAAAGAUAUUAUAUUGAUUAUUGUGUAUAAAAUAUAGUAUACCUAUAUAAGUUUAGUCAUAAAUGUAUGUAACUGUAAUUAUCAUCUUUUCCAUGGCUCAGUAUAUAAUCAAUUGGCCAAUGACCAAACGAAAUAAAUCUAUACUGUAUGAAUUGAGGUAUAACUAA